AUGGGUCAGUCUGUAACCACCCCCUUAAGUCUCACUUUACAGCAUUGGACGGAGGUCGGAGAGACAGCCCACAACAACUCCGUGAAAGUCCGAAAAGGUCAAAGCCAGAGUGAUGGACCCCGGUCCACAUGGACACCCCGACCAGGUUCCUUAUAUUGUCACCUGGGAAGCCCUGGUCCGGGAGCCACCACCGUGGAUCAAGCCUUUUCUUUCCAUUCCAGCUAUCGCCCCCUCUGCCCCCCCCCCGUUUCUCUAUAUCCCGCACUUGUCUAUACGAGGGAUAAAAAGACCCUGGCCCCUCCCAGGGUCCUUCCCCCAGACAAUGAGCCUCUCAUAGACCUCCUGACGGAAGAACCACCCCCUUACCGGGAACUGGCGACUCCCCAGCCAGUGACUCCCCAGCCAGUAACUCCCCAGCCAGUGACUCCCCAGCCAGUGACUCCCCAGCCGGCGGCCCCCCAGCCGGGACCAGAGGAGGACCCUGAACUGUCCCCCAUAGCGGGUCGCCUGAGGGGCAGGAGAGACGGCCCCUUGGGAUCCUCCCAAGCGCUGCCUUUGAGAACGGGCAAUGAUGGAAGGCUCCAGUAUUGGCCGUUCUCCGCUUCAGAUCUCUAUAACUGGAAAAAUAACAAUCCCUCUUUCUCUAAAGAUCCCUCUAGACUUACCAGCCUCAUCGAAUCUGUUUUAGUGACACAUCAGCCCACCUGGGAUGAUUGCCAACAGCUCUUGCAGGUCCUCCUCACCACAGAAGAGAGGCAGAGAAUCAUCUUGGAGGCCCGCAAGCACGUCCCGGGUGAUGACGGGAAGCCCUCGCAGUUGCUCAGCGAUAUUGAUGAUGCCUUCCCCCUAGAACAACCUGAGUGGGAUUAUGCCACAAAGGACGGUAGGAACCACCUGCGUCUCUACCGCCAGUUGAUUGUAACGGGUCUCCUUGGGGCAGGUAGACGCCCGACUAAUUUGGCUCAGGUUAAGUCAGUGAUACAGGGCCCUCAAGAACCUCCUUCCACAUUCUUAGAAAGGCUGAAAGAGGCCUAUCGGGUCUAUACCCCAUAUGAUCCUGAAGACCCGACUCAGGCUACUAACCUGAUAAUGUCAUUCAUUUGGCAACCGGCCCCAGAAGAAAGCUAG